GUUGAAUACGUCACUUCCGGUGUGUGUGGUUUUUUUUUUUCUCUCUCUUUUUUUGAUAAAUUCUCUGUACAAUUCUUCACAUUUCUUUGCGUAUAUAAAUUUGAAGACUAAAUAAAUAGUCAAGACUUUCUUCUUUAUUGAAUGUUCACCGGAUGAAAUAAAUCCAAACACAGCAGCAUCAUGUCUGCAGAGCUGGACCUGUCCCCUCCUGAAGUACCUGAGCCCACCUUACUGGAAAGCAUCCUGCGCUAUGGGCUGUUCCUUGGAGCCAUCUUCCAGCUGAUCUGUAUCCUGGCUGUCAUAUUCCCCUCAUCCAAGAGUAAUGAGCAGGAGGAAACGGACUCCACUGAAGGCAAACCUGGUGAUCAGAUGAAGAAACCAAAAGGACCAGCACCCCAGAUUCGACAGAAACAAAAGAAAGAGAGCAAAAAGAAGAGAUAAAUGUCUCUGUGUCUUUUUGUAUUCCGUUUGUGUUUCACAAUUAGAAACUAGUCACAGUUAUCAUAAUAAUCCACUACAUAUAAGACACUUCAGAAUGAUCCUCAGCUUGAUCCGGUUGUCAGUCAUCACACUCACAAUAAAUGCCAUUUGUUAAUACAGCUGCAUAUUUGAUAGUGUUUGUUUUUUUUUAUCUUGUCAUUUAUUAUUAUGUUGAUGUGGAUUAAAACUAAUAGAAAGCCUCUUAGCUAUAAAUAAUGAAUAGAUAUUUCUUAAAACAGUCUGUUAAAAUAAGUAGGUCAGGUUUUAUUAUAGCUGUUUUUCCCAAACCGAUUAGCUCUGCCUCUUGCUUGCAAAUAUGUUUUUAGAUCUCUGUUAAAA